AUGGCACUUGACAGUUAUCUUGCGGCGCAUAACCUUGCAUUGAUACCCAGACAAUCAUCUUAUCGAGCCGUUGUAACUCGUUCUCCGAUAUCUAAAGGAAGUGUAAUAAUAGAAUCUCCUCCUCUGUGUUCAUUUCCGACAUCUUCUGUUGCCGAUUCUAUCUGUAAUCAUUGUUUCAAUUCACAAGUUUCCUCUUCUCACAGCUUGAUGCGAUGCUCUCGAUGUAAAUCGGCGCUUUAUUGCAGUGUUCGAUGUCAGCGAAAAGCAUGGAAUUUACAUCACAAAUGGUUGUGCGAUGGAAUAAUUACAAAUAACACGAAUGGAGAUUACGAGAUGUUGCGGAGAGUCUGUCUAGUCAUUGGUGGAAUAGCCAAAAAAGAGUACCUGACGGAUUAUGAUGUCCUAUAUGAAACAUUUGGUGGGCUCAUGGAUCAUAAGAACGAUUAUAGCCAGGACAUGCUUGAAUACUUUAAUCAUGUCGCUACAGCAAUUCUCAAUGAGCUAUCAUCGAUUAAGAACUUCAAUAAGAACAAUUUUACAACUAAUAAUCUUGUAAGCUUUCUCUGCAUAUUUGGGUGCAAUAAUUUCACAGUGCAUGAUAAUCAGAUAUUUCCUGUUGGAGAAGGAACUUAUCCAGUUGGAUCUCUAUUCAAUCAUUCUUGCUAUCCAAAUGCAGUUGUAAUGUACCAUGGAAACGUUCAAGUCAUAAAAGCGAUUGAAGAUAUCAGCAGUAACGACGAGGUUAUGAUAUCAUAUAUUGAUACUGCAAAUACAAAAACAACAAGACAACAGUUGCUUACUGCUAAAUACUACUUUGACUGCGAGUGUAUUAGAUGUAAUGACAACGUUCCGUUGAUGACGUUUAAAGAUGUAGAUCACUUGCUGGUGCCAGCAUCAUCGACUAUGCCUACCACACUUCUGCUAGAACUGUCUACUCGUCAACGGACGCUUCUCUCUCCUCUACUUCCUUCUUUAUUCACCAUUCCUACUUCCAUCCCACCAACUCUGCUCCCAUCGUUACUCUCUCAACCACAUACUCCGCUUACCUUACUAAGUCAACACCUGUCUGAUCUACUUAGAAACGAACUGUGGGACAUUGCGGCAGGAAUUGGAUACCGUAUACUAGCCAUAUACAUACUAUGCUAUCCUAAAUAUCAUCCUAUGAUUGGGUUGCAUCUGUAUACAAUGGCCAAGUGUUUUUGGAACAGUACGAGCGGUGGCAGAACGGCUGUAGAGGAGGCGGUAAAAUUGUCAGCAAGCGCUAGAGCAGUGUUGGAAGUGAGCUAUAAAGAUUGCGGAAAAAUUAAUUGGGACGUUAUCAAUGCUAUCGAUGAUUUAUCAAUGAUGGCGUUGAAAGAAUUGAAUAUAUGA